AAUCAUCAUAUGAGUUACGACCCUUAUAUUUUCUUUUUUGGCUGAAGUCGUACCCACUCAUUUCAUUUUCUGCAAUUAUUGUGAAGCAAUGGGAGAUAUUGAUCCAUCUUUCGUUCAAGACCUUCAACAUAGACCUAAUUUUAAAAGCGUAGAAAUUGAAGAAAUCCCAGUUAUUGAUCUCUCAGUUUCAAACCCCAGUGAAACCCAGCAACUAGUUUCAAAGAUUGGAGAAGCUUGCAAGAAAUAUGGGUUUUUUCAAGUGAUUAAUCAUGGAGUGCCACUGGAGCUGCGUCAAAAGACUGAGAAAGUGGCCAAAGAAUUCUUUCAUCAGUCACUGGAUGAGAAAAGGAAGGUGAAGCGAAACGAGGUGUAUCCUAUGGGGUUCUAUGAUAGUGAACAUACUAAAAAUGUUAGGGAUUGGAAGGAGGUUUUUGACUACUUGGUGUUGGACCCAACUCUGAUCCCUGCCUCAGCUGAUCCUGAUGAUAAAGAGCUACGGACUUUGACCAAUCAAUGGCCUCAGAACCCUUCUGAAUUCAGGGAGAUAUGCCAAGAAUACACUAAGCAAGUUGAAAAACUAGCUUUCAAGUUGCUGGAACUUAUUUCUUUGAGCCUAGGCUUGCCUGCUGAUAGGUUGAAUGGCUACUUCAAGGACCAAAUCAGCUUUGCUAGGUUCAAUCACUAUCCUCCAUGUCCUGCUCCACAUCUAGCUCUUGGUGUGGGUCGACACAAAGAUGGUGGUGCCCUAACGGUACUUGCUCAAGAUGAUGUUGGAGGACUGGAAAUUUCCCUUAGAUCAGACGGUGAGUGGAUUCCAGUCAAGCCAAUACCAGAUGCCUUCAUCAUCAACAUCGGCAACUGUAUGCAGGUAUGGAGCAAUGAUCUGUACUGGAGUGCAGAGCAUAGGGUGGUGGUAAACUCAGAGAAGGAAAGGUUUUCUAUGCCAUUUUUCUUUUUCCCUGCCCACUAUGUCCAAAUUAAGCCAUUGGAGGAGCUGGUGAAUGACCAAAACCCUCCCAAAUACAAAGAAUUCAACUGGGGAAAGUUUUUUGCUAGUAGAAAUCGUAGCGAUUACAAGAAACAAGAAGUGGAAAAUGUCCAAAUCGAUAAUUUUAAGGCAUCAGAGUAGCUUUAGCUGUUUCAAAUGGCUUCUAUGUAUCUCCCAGAAAAUAAUGUGUUUUGUGCUAUGUUUGGGAGAUGUUUUAUAGAAUAAUAGAAAGAUGUUUUAUAAAAAUUGUUCCAGGUUUAGCUUUGCACGUUAAUGUAUCAAAUGCCUAUUUGAAUGAAGGAUUAUUGAGAGCCUUGCUACUAAA